CGUGAUAACAAUGUCUGGGGAGAAGAACUGAGGGAAAGCUUCUUCCCUUUCCAGGAGGGGUCAGACAUCACGGUUUGCUUCCAGUUUGAGCAAGACAAGAUCACCAUACUACUGUCUACCAGAAAUCCUCUCUCAUUUCCACUCCGAUUUCCCAUAGAGGUGAUUUCCUACUUGGCCAUGAGAGGUCUCCAGCUCAAGUCCAUCACACUAAACUGA